AUGUCUCAGUGCGUUUGCAUCACUCGUUUAUCUAAGAAGAGGUCUGCGGCGGAAGCCAAUUCAUUCUCUGACGAUGAAGACUCCUCUUUUAUUAGCAAUAGGCGAGUUGUAUUGGGUGAGCUUCGGAAUUGUGCUGCUGCUGAGCCAAAGAGAAGGCCAUUGCCUAAUUACCUUGAGAAAGUUCAGAAAGAUGUUAGUGCCUACACGAGAGGAGUAUUGGUGGAUUGGUUGGUGAAAGUUGCAGAGGAGUACAAACUUUGUUCAGAGACUCUGUAUGCAGAGGAGUACAAACUUUGUUCAGAGACUCUGUAUCUAUCGAUUUCUUAUAUUGAUCGAUACUUGUCCUUGAACACCAUAGCCAGAAAGAGACUUCAGUUAUUGGGUGUCAAACAACUCUCAGUUGGAGUCGAUGAUACAACUCAUCGAAAAUGA